AUGAAAGUUCUGCCUACGGGUGACUCGGCGUUUAUUGCAUCCCAUUGCAUUGCUGGUCUGUCGAAAAACGGCCAUGAGGCCCUCAUCUCAGUACGCCCAGAUGACAAAGGUCAACCUCUCUUGGCAGAGCACCUUGAAUCAUGGCCUGACUGUAAACCCAGCUACGUGAUAGUGCCAGACAUCGCAAAGGAAGACGCAUUCAAGGAUGCGAUGAUUUCAGAUCCGCCGUUCGAGGCUGUCAUACACACAGAUUCAGCUUCUCCUUUCUACUUCAACGUGAUUGAUCCAAGGAAAGACCUGAUCCAGCCAGUGGUAAUCACAUCGUCCUUCGUUGCAAUUCACGACACUGGCAAUGGCCGCAAGACCUCUUACCCGGAAAUCGACUGGAACUCCAUGAGUUGGGAAGAUGCUCUUCAGAGCCCAGCUAAUGCGUACCGUGGUAGGAAGCAAUUCGCAGAAGCAGCGGCCUGGAAGCUCGUCGAGCAGGAAAGACCGACCUUCGACCUCGCUGUGAUCAAUCCGCCGCUUGUUUUCGGCCCGAUAUUGCACCAGCAUCGCAAAGGCUUAGACACAAUCAACACGUCGAAUCAGCGGAUUAUGACCCUGAUUCAAGGCAAAUGGAAACAACACGGUAUCCCGCCCACAGGUGCAUUCAUCUGGGUUGAUGUCCGCGACGUUGCUCUGGCCCGCGUGAGAGCGAUGGAGAGGCCUGCAGCGGGCAGCCAGUGUUCCCUAGUGACCGCGGGCUAUUACAGCAAUGCAGCUCUUGUGAGCAUUGUCAGAGUCUCAUUUCCCGACCUGGUGGAGUAA